AUGUAUACGCCUCAGGGCCUUCCCGGAACUUUUCCAAAUACUCGUAGAGUAUACCACCCACCAACAUCGUCGACUGAUGCUACGCCUUUACCACAAUACCAACCACUCAACCCUCAUCAACCACAUUCCCACGUACCGCUUGCUCAAUCACCAACCUCACCGCCACUUACACCUUUUAUGCCAGAAACGAGCGGCCCUAAAGUAACUGGACCACGUCAAGAGUUAAAGGGUGUACUCAGAAAAGAAAGAUAUGAAUAUAAAGCACCAUGGCCUGUGUAUGGCUUAGAUUGGUCAAAACGACCUGGUGAAAAAUCAUUCAGACUUGCUUUAGGAAGUUUUAUCGAAGAAAAUAGCAACAAGCUUCAAAUUAUUACACUAUCCGAAUUUGCCUAUGACGAUCCUUAUUAUCGUAAUCCCAAUGUCGACCUUGUCAAAAUCGCUGAAGUUGAUCACCGCUAUCCUAUUACCAAAGUAUUAUGGGAACCAUAUAAGGGUGGUUUGAAAACGCCCGAUUUAUUAGCAACAGCCGGUGAUUAUUUAAGACUAUGGGAAGUUGAAGAAGAUUUUAAUACCUCAAGCAAUACGAUUGGUGCAAAUAAUUACUCAGGAGUUAGGCAGCAACGAUUAACUCACAAAACCGAUUUUAAUGCUCCAUUGACAUCUUUCGACUGGAAUGAAAUCGACCCAACAUUGGCGGUAACAUCGAGUAUCGAUACCACUUGUACCGUGUGGAAUGUAGAAACAAAACAAGCGAAAACACAAUUAAUUGCUCAUGAUAAAGAAGUUUAUGAUGUCGCAUUUGCUUCAGGCACUGUGGACGUAUUUGCUAGCGUCGGUGCCGAUGGUAGUGUGAGGAUAAAUCUAGAGCAUUCUACGAUUAUUUAUGAAACUGUUAACCCACAUCCUCCAUCCGUGAAUGCUGCUAAUCCAGUACCGCCAUCUCCUUUACUUCGAUUAUGUUUUAACAAAAUGGAACCAAACUACUUGGCAACUUUCCAUAUGGAUUCUUUAGAUGUUCAAAUAUUAGAUGUAAGAGUUCCUGGCGUUCCUGUCGCAGAAUUAAGAGGUCAUUCAGCGACCGUCAAUUGUGUUAGCUGGGCACCAAAUCAUAAUGGUAUUCUAUGUAGUGGUGGUGAUGAUUCCCAAGUUCUUGUCUGGAACAUUAAUGGCGUGCAGAUGGGAAGCGUUGGUGGAAAACCAUAUAAUAACGACCCUAUCUUGUCUUAUAAAGCUGAAAGCGAAAUCAGUCAGUUAAGUUGGAGUUCUAGAUACCCAGACUGGGUAGCGAUAGGAUUUGGUAAUACCGUACAAGCUUUGAGAAUGUGA